GGGGCCCCGGGGGCGCUUCCCGCGCGCGCGCGCCAUGAAGCUGCUGCGGCGCGCGUGGCGGCACCGGACGGCGCUGGGCCUAGGCGGCCUGGCGCUCUGCGGCGCGGGGCUGCUCUACCUGGCCCGCUGCGCCGCCGACGGCCCCCGCCCGCCCCCCGGCCGCAGCCCCCCGCCCGCCGAGCCCGCGCGCGCCGCCGCCUUCCUGGCCGUGCUGGUGGCCAGCGCGCCGCGGGCGGCCGAGCGGCGCAGCGUGGUCCGCGGCACGUGGCUGGCGGCGGCGCGGCGCGGCGGCCCGGGCGACGUGUGGGCGCGCUUCGCGGUGGGCACGGCCGGCCUGGGCGCCGAGGAGCGGCGCGCCCUGGAGCGCGAGCAGGCGCGGCACGGCGACCUGCUGCUGCUGCCCGCGCUGCGCGACGCCUACGAGAACCUCACGGCCAAGGUGCUGGCCAUGCUGGCCUGGCUGGACGAGCACGUGGCCUUCGAGUUCGUGCUCAAGGCGGACGACGACUCGUUCGCGCGGCUGGACGCGCUGCUGGCCGAGCUGCGGGCGCGCGAGCCCGCGCGUCGCCGCCGCCUCUACUGGGGCUUCUUUUCGGGCCGCGGCCGCGUCAAGCCGGGGGGCCGCUGGCGCGAGGCCGCCUGGCAGCUGUGUGACUACUACCUGCCCUACGCGCUGGGCGGCGGCUACGUGCUCUCGGCCGACCUGGUGCACUACCUGCGCCUCAGCCGGGAGUACCUGCGCGCGUGGCACAGCGAGGACGUGUCGCUGGGCGCCUGGCUGGCGCCGGUGGACGUCCAGCGCGAGCACGACCCGCGCUUCGACACCGAGUACAAGUCCCGCGGCUGCAGCAACCAGUACCUGGUGACGCACAAGCAGAGCCUGGAGGACAUGCUGGAGAAGCACCAGACGCUGGCGCGGGAGGGCCGCCUGUGCAAGCAGGAGGUGCAGCUGCGCCUGUCCUACGUCUACGACUGGUCGGCGCCUCCGUCGCAGUGCUGCCAGAGGAAGGAGGGCAUCCCCUGAGCCGCAGCCGCAGCCCACCUCCCGCACGUCACACGGCGCUGGAGGGAGGCCGGGACACACGCCGCAGCGAGGGGGCCGCCGCAGCGAGGGGGCCUGGGGGCCCUCCCACUGGCCUUAGAUGGGCACAGCUGACCGGUUCUGGCUAGUCACCCAGAAUAAGCCCAGCCCUCUAGGGGGCCAGGUGUAUUUGGCGAGCAGCAGUGGACAGCUUCUAGGUCCCAGCUCCGGUGCGCACCCAGGCCUGUGCACCCCAGGGGCCACCAUGGAGCCUCACUCCUGUUCUGGGUCUUGCCAGGGCAACACAUAAGGUCCAGGCAGAAAGGUCCUGUCCCUGCAUCUCAGCCCGCAUGGAGGAUUCCUGGCUUUGAGGGGCUUGCACAGUCUGCCCCCCCCCACCCUGGCUGUCCUCUACCAAGGGCGAGGAGAGUGGCCAGAGGCUGGAGCCCACAGGCACUUGCAGACACUGGCCCCAAAGAAAGCAUCCGGACUUGUUCUGAGGUGGGGAUCCUGUGACGGUCAACACAGGCUGUGGUUGACCGUCCACCUGGGAAGUCCCCGCCCGGAGAGCUUUGGCUGCGGGGACCUGACCCUCCGGCCCUUGCAUGUUCCAGCUGAGCCGUGUGUUGCGCCCAGUGGCUUGUAUCAAAAUCGCUGCAGUUUGUGGGUUAGGUUACCUUUUCUGUUCCGUGUUGAUGUCUUGGGUCACGUGGCGUUGACUGAACCGUGUGUCCGGCUCUUCUGCUUCAAUGGUAUCUUGGUCUUCGUUGCUUUAGAGCGAAUCGCGGUCAAUGUCAUUUGGCGUUAGUCUGUGACGUAUAAAUACUGUAAUUUGUGUAGAUAGAGUUUAAGUACAAGUGUGUGGGUCUUGUACUUUUUAAAUUAUUUAAGGGAAGACUUUUCUAUCAUAACUGGGGCUUUGUGGAUUAGUCUGUUUUACAGCUGGAGUAGACUCGUUACUGCCUGUGUGUUUAAAUGCGGAAGAAUUCUAGAACUCUCCGUGUCUCUUCCCAGUUUACACAAAAAGUCAGUCCCAUUGUUUCCUUCUGAAAAGACUUUCCUUUAAAGGGUUCCUCGUGGCCAUGCAGGGGCAGGCGUUUCUCACACACGCAUCUGUUGUUUUAGACUCUGGGCCCAAGUUCCCAGAAUGUGAGCCCUCGGAAGCAUCGUGAGGUUUCCCAGUCUGUCUUAAGAAAACGGGCUCUGCCGGCCGGCACGUCCUUUUGGAGACAGAAAGCACGUGCGGCCUCCUGGCUGAUGGCCUCACAUCCACUCACACAUCUUCAGAAGAUCAGGCUUUCUUUUUUCCCAGUAAAUGUGAAAAGUGAGUGCUGUGGUCAUCACAAAAGUCCAAUAAAGAGGCUCCAGGACAGCCGCGAGCCCUCCCGUCCGCGCAGGGGUGUGUGAUGCUGCACACUCCUACCCUGGCGCCUGCGCUGGGUCACCUGCCGGUGCUGCUGGGGUCUGUGGUCCGCCUCGGCACAACGCAGGACGCGGGGAGCGAAUCUCCAGCUUGCCCUUUCAUCGCCUUUCCUUGCGUUCUCGGGCCGUGGGUCUUAAGAGCAGGUGCCUUGGUGCCCUUGGGCCGCGGUGAGAACCCUGCAGACAGGCGAGCUCAAGCAGCAGACGUGUCGCCCUCACGGAGGGCGGCUCAGAGUGCCCGCGGGCCCGAGUGCAGGUGAGGACCUGCUUCCUGCGGCACCGUGGCCACCUUCUCGCUGCGUCCUCAUGGCAAGCGAGAGCCAGAGCAGGCUUCCCCGUGUCCCUUUUUACAGGGACACUAAUCCCACCGGAAGGCUCACCGCCUGGACCUCCGCUGACCCCAGCUCCAAAUACUGUCACAUGGGGGGUUCAAGUUCCAAUUUACAUUUUUGGGGACACAGUCAGUCAUUGCAGGUUUGGGUUAUUUCUGUUUAAAAGUAGACUAUCCAGAAUUUGGUAUCUCGGGCCGGAAGGGAUGGUCUUGUGGUUGCGGUUUUCCUGUGUUUAGAAGGUAGAACCCGGGCCUGUGAGCGUCAGGGGAAUGUGGGCUUUCUGAUGAGCUGCCUCGAAGCAGGCUCGACUGCCCCCUGUGAACAGGUUUCCAAGACAAGGGUUCAUAAGAGGGUCCAGGUUUGAGGACCCUGGGGUGAGCAGAACGGGACCCUGCCGGCCAUUUUCACCUGGACGUCUUGUCUGACCUCGGGGCUGUGGUGCGUGUCUCCGUGUCUCAGACGAGGACACUGUGCUUGGACAGACGAGACAGCUUGCUGGGGCCACAUGCCGGUGGCAGAGCCAGGCUCCGGGCCGAAGGCUGGACCUCCACAGCCCCCCCAGCAGCCACAGUCCUGCUGUGGCUUCCAGGUUUCUCCAGGGUGGACCCAAGGGAAAGCAGGGCCCCGAAGUCCAAGACCUCCUAGUAACAAAACCUAAAAAUCUAGGCGUGUCUCUUUGGAGGCGGGGGUCCCUGAGCGUUGGCACACAGGCGAAUCACAGGGAAGUGCCCGUGUGCGGCCAGGUGUGACCGAAACGGAAACUUCGUGUUGUUCGACCUAAAUCAUUAAAUUUCAAGACAACCAA